AUGGAGAAAGCAUUCUUUUUCGUCAAUGGAAUCGCGAAUGAUGAGAAAUCCAAGAAGCUCAUGCGUCGGCAUGUAAUGAGGGGCAAAAAUGCUGGAAAGAAAAUUCACCGUCGCUCAAGGUUGGAUUUACAAGUCACUCAGAACCAACCAAAUGUUUCUGACGGUUCUUCACGUAACUGCGCUGAAGGUAACCAAUUUGACCACGCAAAAUACGCGAAUUGGAGCUACCUGUCUCCCGAUAGGCUGUCAAUUCAGUUUGGAACUACAUUCCUCACUUUUUCACUUCCUGUGGAAAUCACACCAUACUCGCUCGAGAUUAUCAACAAAUUCUUCAUGUAUACUGCAGAUAGAAUAUACCCAGUCAAACUUGGAGUCUCGUUGCAUGAUGCUAAAUUCAUGUGGUUGCGGUAUUUAUUUGAAAGCGAGGCCACCUACCAGUGCCAGCUCGCGAUGAUGCAGGCAAGCAACGAAAUAUUUCACUGCAAUGGCGAAAGCUCUACAAAGGCGAUGUAUCACCUGUCUCAGACGUUCGCUCAAGUCAACAAACGACUUCAAGGUGACGAUGCUUUAUCAGAUUCGACUAUAGCAAUUGUUAUGACGCUAGUUAACCAAGAACAAAUACGACAGCACUUGUCUGCGGCUAUGGUUCAUGUUAAGGGACUUGAAAAGAUGAUUGAGCUUCGCGGAGGACUGAGUCAACUUGAAGGCAAUGUUCCACUUGUGUUAAAAAUUUGCAAGACCGACAUAAUUUUUGCCUUACAACAAGGAGGGUCGACAUCCUUCUUUCGUGACCACAUAUAUGAUGUUCGAAAAAGCCUGCGGGCGCAAGAUUUACCUUUUGAUCAAGAUCCAAAUGUCCGACCUUCCCCGCUCGAGAAUAUCGACCCAUACCUUCAGGACAUCCUUUCAGACGCUAUGAGCGUUUGCUCGCUGUUCAAUGAGAUUGGCAGCAAAUCGUUCAACUACAUCGUUUUUCUCGAAGUCUUGAUAUCGCUUUGCUGCCGCCUGUUAAAGUUUCGUUCCUUACAUGACGCCAACACUCUGCUUGACAGCCAGUCUGCACAUCAUAUUGGGCUGAUCACUUUUAUGAUGACCCUCUUCCUACAGAAUGACCGCUGCCGGUUGAUCAACUACAGUUUGGUUCCUGUUUGUCUCAAGAGUGCUCUUCGGGACGAUCUUUAUGAGCAAAACAUCGAGCUUUCCUUUUGGCUUACGGUCAUUGGUGGUAUAUGGAUUUCCGAUGAGCCCGAAAAUGAAUGGAUUGCUUCUAAGCUAAAAAUGGGAGCCCAACGGCUCGGUCUUACUUGCUGGGAGGAUGCACAAGAGAUCGUUUACAAAUAUCCAUGGAUAAACGGUCUACAUGAUCAGCCAGGCCGUAUAAUUUGGGAACGGGCAAAUCAAAUUCACUAA